GGUGGCCGGUGUUUUCAAUUCUAUGAUCUAUCUUUUAUUAGGUAGUUAUUAUUCGCGCGGCUGGUAGUGUUACACGCCGGCUAAAUUGAAUUAUUUAUUCAUUACUAUAAGCGGUUAUAAUGGCAGAUAAAGUGCCCUUAGUUAAAUUAGAAAAUGGUUAUGAUUGUCCUAUUCUUGGGCUUGGGACAUGGCAAUCGAAGCCCGGUGAAGUGACGCAAGCUGUGAAAGAUGCCAUCGACAUUGGCUACCGGCACAUCGACUGCGCGUUCGUUUACGGCAACGAGAAGGAGGUCGGUGAAGCUAUCACUGCCAAAAUCAACGAGGGGGUUGUUAAGAGGGAGGAUCUAUUCAUCACCUCCAAGCUAUGGAACACCUUCCACCGACCCGACCUGGUGAAGGGAGCCUUACUGAAGACGCUCGAGAAUCUCAAUAUCAAAUAUAUUGACUUGUAUUUGAUCCACUGGCCUCAGGGUUAUAAGGAGGGCGGGGAGCUUUUCCCCGCAGAUGCGUCCGGCAAGAUCCAGUUCUCUGACGUGGACUAUGUGGACACUUGGCAAGCGUUGGAGCCCCUCGUUGGUGAGGGUCUCGUGAAAAGUAUCGGAGUGUCGAACUUUAACUCUAAGCAAAUUGAGAGAUUGCUGAAAAGCGCGAAGAUUAAGCCGGUUGUUAAUCAGGUGGAAUGUCACCCCUACCUGAACCAGCAGCGCCUAAUCCAAUUCUGCGAAGCCCGAGGCAUCAAAAUCACAGCCUACUCUCCCCUGGGGUCUCCGGACAGGCCCUGGGCGAAGCCCGAGGAGCCCCAACUCAUGGAGGACCCCAAAUUGAAGGCAAUUGCAUCGAGAUUAGGCAAAACAGUUGCUCAAGUGUUGAUUAGAUAUCAAAUAGACCGCGGAGUGAUCGUGAUCCCGAAGUCGGUGACGAAGAGUCGCAUCGCUAGCAACUUCGCCGUUUUCGACUUCAAACUGUCUGAAGAAGACUUACAACUUAUUAACUCUUUCGAUUGCAAUGGAAGAUUCGUGCCCAUGGCUGCAUCCCUCGGCCACAAGUACCAUCCAUUUGAAAAUGAUGAAUUCUAAGCUGUGCCUCAAGAUAUUAUGUAUUUACUUUGUAACCAAUAUUAAUGUUUUUAUCAUACGAAAUAUAUAUUGUUAAACGUU